AUGGGGUUCCAGGCUGAACGCAGAGAAAGACUAAUUGGACAGAUUUUAGAGUGGAAUUCUAGCAGACUGGAUUUAUUCGAACUCUCAAUUCCAGAUGAGAAAUGUGAAUUUAAUGGGGUUAUGCGAUUUUUCCUUCAAGACGACAAUAAGAGAUUCCACACAAAGUGCAUUAGAGUGUCCAGCACAUCUAAAACGUCUGAAGUAGCGGAGAUCUUGAAAGAAAAAUUUUGCCUUCAAGAACCAUCUUUGAUAACUAAGCGUUUUGGGAUCUAUGAGCACCAUGCAAAUGGAGUUAGACGACUGACAAAUGAUGAAUAUCCCUUAUUGGUUCAACUCAGUUGGAGUAAAUUAGAUAGAGAAGGGAAGUUCGUUUUGAAAUUGGAGCCUAAUAGUGGAUGCGUUCAGACAAGCACUUCUGAAAAUCAAAAUGUAUCAAAGCUGUUGGCUGACACAAAUUGCACUGGAUCUGCAAUAAAUGGUAAAACGCGUCUAUUUAGGCGUGGUUGGUCUUUUCGCCGUGAAAAGCUGAAUUCAUCUGUGGCUGUGAAGACAAACAGUAGACGUGGCCCAAUAGGCUGUGCAGCAAGUGUAGGACUAUCAAAAACUUCUCGAUCUAAUUUCCUUCCCGAAAACUGUCUACCCGGGAUAGCUAAACAUCAUGAUGCCCCGCCAGACUCGUCUUUCACACGCACAAUAUCAGAUCCCGAGGCAGCAAUGCAGAGAAAGCGUCAGCGUACUUUGGAAGCCAAACUAAUUCAAAUAUUGCGUCAUAAUAGCCCUGAAACAGGUGGAACACUGAAAAUUUACGGUGGUCAAUUAUUUCCAGAAAUACCCUAUAAAACAUUAUUAAUAUCAGCCACAGAUAAAGUUGCCUAUAUAAUACGUGAAAGUUUAAAUAAAUACGGCUUGGAUGAAGCUGAUCCUGAUGCUUAUUGUCUCGUUAUGCGUAACCGCAGUUCAAAUGACAUAGCCGAUGGAUUGCCUGGUACUGAAGAGGUACUCUGCGAUGAUGUAUGCCCACUGGAAUAUUUGUUUACUUCAUCAGCGAAAGCAGCUGAAGCGGUCAUCACUUUUGAGCUGCGUGCUAGACCUCCCCAUUUGGUUAAGAAGAAACCAUUUAUUGAUUUACCUGUCUCCAGUCGAACUGAAUCGCCUCAACUAACCUCACCGAGUAAUUCUCAAUUCAAGGGUAAACAAUUACUCAGACGAGAGAUUGGCAGUCUCACUAUGCCUACAGUUUGCCUAAUUGAAUUCGAUUCAAAUGCAUCAAAUGUAUCUUUGUGUCCUACUAAUGUUCCACAAGACACAAUCUAUCCUCUACCUGUAGAUAAAGGAGAAGUGUAUGUCGGGACCGCUAUAGCCUCAGAUAAAUCACACUCGCCUAACAUGGUGUGUUUACCAACCUCCAAAUGGCCAGAUAUUGAAACGUAUCAUAUUAUGUUUUGGCUGCCGAAAGUUGCAGUUGAUAAAAACAAGAGGACAUCUGAAGGAUGGUUAGCUUGUCGUCCAUGUUUACUUACAUCCUCUAGAAAUAAUAAUGUUAACAGUCAGAACUCAACUCAUAAAAUUAGUGAAGUAUAUCUUAACAACCAUCUAUUGACAAUCCCACUGACUUCAAAUUAUCAAGAGACAGUGUUUUGGUUGAAGUCUGGUGAUGUACUUCGUCUUGGGAAGGGAGCACGUCAGCUCAAAGUGUGGUCGUAUUUAGAGCUGCAGUCAAAUAUAACUACUGGAUUACACACCCCACAAAUGCAUGAUGUCGGAAGUAAGGACAUUCACGACCAUCUUGCUCGGAAUAGCGGAAUUCCUGAGUCACCUACAAUUGUAGGAAUCAGCAAUCUGUAUGCGUUAAAUGAUACUACUCUGACUAAUAGCAACGUAUCACCCCAGUGUACAAGCUUUUCUGCCUACUCGAAUGUUCUUCCUCAUAUUAACACCUUGUCCGCUGAAAGGUUUAUGUCUCAAGCCAUGUAUCCAGAUGAUUUGAAGUGUUCUGAAAGGCUAACUAAGUUAUCUCUUAUCAAAGGAAAACAGAAUAAUCUGUCGAAUGGAUUAUGUCCAUUGGCUAAUCCAAAUUCUAUUUGUGAUUCUUCAUCAUCAUCACUAUCAUCGUGUACUUCUGCGUCUGACACUGUCUCCAGUGAUUCAACUACUUCUUCAUUAAAAGUGCAAUCACCCACAGAGUUGAGUGGGCAUCAACACCAUCGAAUGGAAGCGUAUACAAGCAUAAAUUUCACACAGUCAUUGAAUUGUGUCAGUAACAAGAGUAAUACUACUACUACUGCUGUUGCUACAACAAGUACUACCAUAACUUCAACUACUCCCAUUUAUGAUAAUAAAAACUCGUGUGUGGCGGAAGGUUUUCGUGUAUCAAGCCGUAGUAGUGAACAUGACUGCUCUCGUAGUACUGUUUGUCAAUCGCCACAAUCAUUCAGACAAGGUGAUAACUCUGUCUCUGCACCUAGUCAAAGGCCUAAUAUGUCUUCCCUUGUGGAUACUCAAUCACAUUUGAAUAAUUCUCUUUCUUCUGAACACAUCUUUUCGCCUAAUCAUUCGUACUGUUCAUCUCUGAUGAAAGACGAUCACACUUACACAAAGGGGAGUUCUAAUCGUACAAAAUCUGUCUCUGACCGGUUACCUUGUCAAAUGGCCUUUGCUCCAAUAACUUUAGAACAACUACUAGAUUGGAUUAUUAUUAAACAACUUAAAUAUGCAUACCAAACUGGCAGUACACCUGCUACUGGCAUUCAAUCCGACGUAACUAUCGAUUUGUGUCCUUUGGGUCCAGCUAUGUCGGUUUAUUUAAUGCUUCGAGCAAUUUGUCGACAAUGUGAUCGAUGGGAAGCUAUUGAAUUCAAACAGUUGGCAAAAAGUUCAUCGAAAGGAAGUACUGACGCUGAUUCAUCAAAUAACCCGGAGAGUGUUUCUGCUCAUGUUAAUCGUUCUUCGGUAACAAGCCUUUCAGAGUUGACUUUAAAUCAGUCUAAACGUAGACAACGCCAGUUAUUAGCACUGUUGGUAAGUGCUCUUGACCGCUAUCAAAACUUUGAAGUAUACAUCAGUGAAUCAAUCAAAAGUAUUGAUUUAAGCAAUUCAGUCACAUGUCUUAAGUCAAAUUGUCACCAGACUAGAAUGUCGUCGUCAUCACAACUAUCAAAUGAAAAGGACCAUAGACUGAACUUUAAAUUUAUUAGUUUGAUCAAAUCAGUUACUGUCUGGUUGGCUAAUUCGAGUCAAUUGCUCCACCUUAUCACCUGUGAUGUUGACUUGAAUGCAGCUUUCAAGUCUGCAGUCAUUGAAACUUUUGAGUCGAAAAGAAGUUCUACUAAUGAUGAGAAAAUGUUGAAUGCUGCAGCUCAGUGGGAUCAAUUGAAAGAACAGUUAGCUGAGAUUGUUCAAACUGCUUUUGUUUAUUUAGCGGAUCUCUGUGUCCUUUGUUUGGAUUUAAUCGCUAUUCCUCAACUUUUGAUUUAUUUAACCGAAUGUGUGAAAAGUUUGUCUGAUACUCAUCAACAUCUCAGUAGUCAUAAGGAGACAGUAGAUUGUACAGAAAGUACUGAAGUCAAGUGUAAAAUACAAUCAAAUAAUACUUCUGCAAUAGACGAGGAAGAUGAUAUGUCAGCAACUUUUCAUGAUCAUUGUAAGCAAAGUGAAAUAUCCACUAGAAAACAUAAUAUUACUAUAGACAUACUUAGCGAAAUACUGAAUUGUUUGCAUUCAUCCCAUGUUAAUCCUGCUUUCAUUGUUCAAUUGUUUGCGCAUCUACUGCAUCGGUUAAAUGCACGCCUAUUCAACUUUGUUAUCGGUUAUAAUGAGAAGGAGAAUAAACAGACUGAUCAAACGCAUGUUUCACCUUUAUGGGGUAGUUGUUUAUACGCUUGGAUUCACAAUUGUCUAGCUGAUUGGGCUACUGAACAAGGCCUAAGUUUAGCUACUGAAUGUUAUCUUCAAAGGAUCAGUCAGGCUGCAGAUUUGAUGCUGUGUAAUAUGAAAUCUGUUGAAAGUUUAUACAAUAUGGCUGUUGAUUUAGUUAGCUUAAAUUCACGUCAAGUUCGAGCAUUGCUCGAAAGCUAUCGAUUACACGAUGGGUCCAGUGAAAAUGAAACCACCCCCACUACCGAUUCUAAUACUACUACUACUACCCCGUCAGACAAAUCUAAUUCAGGCCAAAUUCCAAAGGCUUGGAUUGAAUUCGUUGUCUCCGGUGUGAAACUGGUUGCAGAUCGAAUCCUUACUGAAGAAAGUAUGUCUCUAACAAACGAUGACUUAGAUGAAAUGGAUAAAAAUACCACAAUUCCUGACAGUGGGACAAAAUCGAAACCUUUAGAACUUGGAGAACCACUCGAUCUUCACCUACCCUUUCUAUUACCUGAAGAUUGUUAUCCUUCGGAUAAUCCCUUACCCAUUGUAGGACAAAAAGAGGAAUCUCUUGUCAGUUACGAUGACAGUGGUGUAUGCAGUCGAAGCAGUUCAACAAAAGAUCAAAAGCAUCAGUCAUCCAGUGAAAAUGUCAGUACACCUGUGAUUACUGUUGAAUCAAUUAAGCAUUUUCUCAAUCCUGCUAUUCAAAUCGGCUGGUGUCGCAUAUCUACAAAAUCCAGUAUUCAUCGUGUUGACAAUACAUCUACAUCGGUUGAUGAGACAUUAUCAGAUAGGCGGAUGAGUAUCUCUCAGAAUCCAACACAUUUUUUAAGGUGGAAUGUUUAUCUAAUCGAUCCAAAGUCAUCCGUCGAUUGUGAAAGUGUAAAAGCUGAUACUAUCAAGUCAGAUGAACAUGUCACACUGUCUGUAAAUCCCAAUACUGAAAGCGUACAGUGUGCAAAUCAAACGCAGGCAGCGAAAAUUGUAACAACUUCAGUCACUCCUGGGAAAAACAACGAAUCUCUUUCAAAUCGGUUGUCAUCGCCGUCAUCAUUGCUAAAGAAUCAUUCUGUAUUUGGUCAGUUGUGCAGUCGACAUUGUACAUAUUCAGUUGUUGUGCCUAAAAUUGGACAAAGUUUAGGUCUUAGUAUAGUCGCUGCUAGAUCAGAAUACGGACAAGAUCUGGGAAUUUAUGUUCGUGGUAUUAAUCCAGGAAGUGGAGCUAGUCAUGCAAGACUACUUCAAAGGCCUAAUGAAACUCAUAUAACAAAAUGCAAUGAAUUCUUAUUAACUCCACCAUACCUACAGAUCGGUGAUAGACUCAUAUCUGUUAACGGCCAGUUAAUCACAGGAUUAUCUCAAGAUGCUGCUGUACAGCUGGUGUCAUCAGCUACCUGUGAAGUUGUUCUCACUGUGAUACGUUAUGCUAAACAAAAUGAUGAUGAUGACGAUGACAAGAAUAAGGCAAUGCUGCUGCAAUCAUCACAAAAAACAGCUGAUUUAAAACAAAAGACAACCAAUCUCCAGUGUAUUGAUUGUCUGUUGCACGAAUCGUUACUCUUGAACUACAAAGCUUUCAUAGAUAGUGAUGAAAAGUCGAGUCCACACGUGAAUGAGGAUUCAACGCAGAGAAUCGUUAACCAUUCAACAGUCAUAAACUCUCAACAUGAAAGCCUUCAAUCCGCCAUUACUACUACUACUACUACUACUACUACUACUACUACUACUACUAAUGCUAACACGUCAUUAGCAUCUUUAAGUACUACAUCAGUGAAACAACUCUCACCGUCACAGAGAAGAGGAGAAGCACACAUUCACGAUGUUCGUAUCGAUAUGAAGUUAAGUAUAGAUACAAGCUAUCCAAAAGACCGUUACACUAGGUGGAAAUAUCAAAGUAACACUGUUGACCGAAGUAUACAUAAUAAAGCUCCGGUUGGUGUUAAUAACCUUCCGAAUAAUUGUACUCCAUUGUGUAAAGAUCGUUCAUUGUCCACUAAUGAACGUCAAUUCCGAUUGUAUAUAGAUGCAUCAUCCUGUAACAGCAGUAAUAAUAUAUACGAUGAACCGUCUAUAUCAGAUUAUAGCUUGUGUGCUGAAAGUUUUCUGUCAAAUUCAAAACUGGAGAAAUCUGGAGUUAGAAUGUUUUCUCCUACGAUUGUGGAUAGUAGUCAUGGUCAUUCUGAGAAAAACAGUCUUCCUACAAAACCGUGUCAUCGACCUAAAGGACAAUCAGUUAGCUUUGAUGACCGUCUAUCGACACCUCGAUAUACUCAGUUACCUGAAACUAUGGUUAAUGCUUUCCCCAAUGAUGGCAAAUCAGUUAAUCAGAGAGAGUUGACAUCUCCACGGCUUCUAAUCAAUUCCAGUUCAGCUUUCUGUCCUCAAUCAGCAGUCUUAUCUGCUCCACCCAAUCAAUCAUUUUCUUCAAGUAAUAUCGCUUCUGCAACUACAAACGAAUUUAUGCAUACUUUCCGAAUUGGUUCUUCAAUGCGUAGAUCAGAAGCCAGUUGUUUAGAAGGAUGUAAUAUUUAUUCACCGUCGGAUGUGCAAAUAAAGCAAUGCUCUCCUAAUUGUAUGUCAGUUACUAAUCCCCAUCAAGAUCAUCAUCGCUCUUCUACACCAUCCUGCUUCUCAACUACUACUUCUCCGAAUCAAUCGUCAACUUUGCUGGUUGUUGGUGGUAGUAAACCUCCGAAAACCUUCGUACCAACAGUCUGUGUAUUACCUGUAUCCAAUCGAGGCCCAGUUUGUGGAGCCCCGCCCACAAUUAAAGCUAAGAACUCCAGAGAUUGCUUGGAUUCAUACGCUACAAAUUCACGAGCUUCCAGAUCAAUGAAUGAUUUAGUCACUAAAUCAUCGUAUACAGAUAUUCCUGAGGCUAAGACAACUGAUAUCGCUUGUCAAACAAACUCAAUUCACUUGAGUACAGUUCAAAAUGAACUUGACCUCCCACUGAACACUAGAUCCCCCAUCCCCCCCUAUCGUAUUGCAUUUCCAAAUUAA